AUGGCGAAGAGUAAAGCAACCAACAACCCAGCACCCAACACCGGCGAAGACCUCCCAGAAGCCCGAGCGACAGCCGAAUCGCGGCCACCGAGUCCACAACGAUCACAGCCAACGCCGACGACACAAAUUCCGGCAAUGGUUCCUUUAGACGCACUGGCAGCGUAUCUAAGGCAACAAGACCCAAACAAAGAUUGGACAGCGACCCUGGCCGGAUUUAGCCUGACCGGAGGAAUGCCGGCGACACCAAACCCUACCCCAACUGCAACCACAGUAAACCCACCCACCACCACCCCAAAAACCUCAAAUCCGACAUCCGAAAAGACCUCCCCAACAGUAACUGCACAAUCAGAACCCUCUCACCUUUCUCCCAUACACCAACAAACAGAGCCGCUCGACGUUAGCCCUCUUUCCGCCUAUCAAGAUCCCAACUGGGGAGAAACAGAGGAAAAGGAGAGCGGAGGGGGAGCAAGCGAGGGCGAGAAGGACGAAGCAGAGGAGAUAAUGGCCACUGAAGCCACAGCCGAUGAAGCAGAGAAGGAGGAGAUAGACCUGAACGAAAUGGCCAAGAAGCAAGGGUUAAUGACGGAUGAUGAGUUCCAAGCGGUUUUGAGCAAGGGAGAUAGGAUCGUGGUAAACCCUGAAGGGGUGGCUGAGGUACUGGACCUCGCAUCCCAGGCAGUAGGAAGGGGGGAAACAACCAUGGAAGCAGAUGAGUCGGAGAGGGUAGUCCACCAAUCCGUGGAGGAGAUGACAGAAGAACAACCGGAGAAAGCUGAGCAACUUGAGGAGGAGAGGCAAGAACCAGAAACACAUCAAGAGGAAGCCUCAGUGGUAACUAAACCAAAGCCAGUAAAGAGGAGGCUAGUGUUGAAGAACGACCCCAAGGCAGAAAGGCAGAAACCCCAAAGAGUGUCACAGAGAUGCUUAGGAAAGUGGAAGUCCAACAAGGCAGGAGCAAACACAGCAGCAGAUGCAGUGGAGGUCUCUAGCGAAGACGAGAAGACUACUCCUACAAAACCUGGGGAGGAGCCCUCGAAAGCUAGCCAGAAGGACACCCAAAUGGCAACAGGGACAGUAUCAUCAACGCCGACUGACCAGAAGGAGAAUGCUGACAAGGUGGUUGAGGGUCUGGACCUCGCAUCAGAGUCAGUAGGUCGGGAGGAGGCGACAAGAAGUGAUACUAGUACCCGUGUGGUGACCGAGCCUACCACCCAGGAGGACGUUUCAACACAAGCCGACGAAGAAGCAGAGGCAAUGGAAAUUGAAGAAGCCAAGUACAUCCAAGAAAGAAAGAGAAAGGGGAAAGCCCCUGCCAAGAAGAAACAAGCCAUAAAGAAACAGAGCACGGCCAAUGCCAGCAUAGUGAUCAGAGAGCGGGAAGAAAGAAGGAGGUUAAGUGACAGCGACUACACGUCCAGUGAAGAGUCUGACUCAGAGAGUGAUAUCUCUCUAGAAGGGGGAAGAGUACCAUGA